AUGUCGGUCUACGACUCGGACGCUUACGAAAGCAUACCGGAUGCGCAGCAGCAAAAAGCAAUGGAGAUCUUGUGGAAUGCGCCGUACACAGGGCAAGAUGACGAGAUUUUGGCAGAUGCGAUCCUUGAGAUGAAAACGCAGGCAAACGGCACCGCAUAUACAAACAUCCUGCCCAUCGUGCAGAGCUCUGGAAUGGGAAAGUCUGGGCUGACGCAUGAAGUCACAAAGUUCUUUGUCACAAUACCACUGAACAUUCGCUCAGCCGCCGAUCGUAUAGCCGCCAAGAAGCACGGCCUGCAGUCUGUCUUAGACAUGAUAGUUCACUUUGCCUUUGCGAAGCUCGUAUGUUACUCUCCCUUGGACGAAUAUCUAAAAGGGACCCCAAAGGGCGGGUACACCCUCGCCAUGCGCUUUGCGCCGCUGUGUUUGCGCUUACUCCUCAACUUCAACCGCGCGCUCUCCGGCACACAUGCACUCACGGAAGAGAUGGUGGCGCAACGCAUGCGGAUCGCAUACUGCAUGCCGACGCACAACGAGUCCAUCAAAUCUGGCACGUCUUCCGAGCUGCUUCUCGCCGAGGCAGCUGCAUGGGCGAUGGACGCGUGCACCGGCAUCGACUGGCUCGCCGAUCUCACGCGCACGUUUGACUGUGCGGGCGCACCGUACCGAACAAGCAGCGCGGCAACGAUGCAGUGCCUGUACAGCGCGGCGGUGCCCGUGCUUGACUUUCUGCGCGCACUGUUCGCGAAGCAGUGGUACGACGCAAAGCUCGGCACGGGCAUGAGUUCCAUGUGGGAUGUGCUCGAUGCGCACGCUGCGCUCGCGGCAGUGGCGCGCGGACAUGCAAUGAUGCUCUCGCCAGCACACGAUGCGGUGCACAUUGCAAUACUGGUCGUGAUGGAGGACACGAAGCUCGGCACGGGCGCGAUGUUGUAUAUCUUCAUCCAGCUCAAGAUGAGGUACGGCCCAGCGUGCAGGCUUGAUGAGGCGGAUGUCGAAGCGGUGUUCAGAGAUGAGGAGAAUGCACAUCCAUUUAUACACCUCGUGAUGCAGCUGGAACCUGGCAUACAUCCUCCGACGGGUGGCUCUCCGGUACCCGACGAGGCGGAAGAGGUGGAAGAAGAGAUGGGCGAGACGGGCGAAGUGGGUGAAGACGUGGAAGAGGAAGCAGGCAAAGGGAGGUCGCCUCUCAUUCACCCGUGCUACCGGCUCACUGGGUACGGCUGUUCGCCAGCAGUGUACAAGGUUGUCGAGGAGAAGGACCAGGAGCAUUACGCGACGCUCUUGAAGCCAGAAGCGAUCACCAGCGAUCACCCAUGUCAGAAACCAAUCAAUAUCAGUUUUUUGCAGCGCAUGAAGGGCGAAUGGGAGCGCACCUCAGCGUGCUACGACUGGGCAGCCGUUGCUACUCUGCAGUCGCCCGGAGAGAUGAGAGAUAGUGUGGAAGGAGUGUUUGCCGUCUGA